CGAAACCAGAACAGAGCCGUCGCUUCUACCCGCGAGAAGCCUUUACGAGUUCGAGGCAUUCCUCCAAAUAAUUUUAGUCCAAAUUUUCUAAAUCAAUCUGAUAAAUUUUAGUAUUUUUUUAUAUCCAAAGUGAUAGUGCAAAUGUAAUUUUAAGUGUUUUUAGUAAAUUUUUUUAGUGUCCCAAAUGUAGAUUCUUCUGUUUGUGUUGUUUGGGGAUGACCGCAAAUUAAAUUGCCCGUGGAAUAUGGAGACCAGAGCUGAUGAUGAAGAAGCCCCAACAGACCCCGCAGCGAGGAAGCAAACCCACCAUGACUAUACGGAGCAAGAUUUCGAAGGGCACCGGGCGCACACAGUGUUCGUGGGCGUGCACGUGCCGGCGCGCCGCCACUCGCACCGCAAACACAAGCACCACCACCAACGCAACGGGGACAAGGACGAGCGACCUGGCCCUCCGCUAAUGGCACGAGUCCGCCGACUGAGCGUCACUGAUGACGGAGAGACACUAACCCCACCUGCUCAACGAGUACAAUUUAUAUUAGGAGAAGAUCUUGACGAUGGAACAAUGGUAUCACAUCCAUUGUUUUCUGAAAUGGAAGAGCUAGUAAAAGAGGGAGAUGAACUCGAAUGGAAAGAGACGGCCCGAUGGAUCAAAUUCGAAGAAGACGUGGAGGAAGGAGGAAACAGAUGGUCAAAACCUCACGUUGCCACAUUAUCUCUACAUUCUUUAUUCGAACUACGAAGUCUCAUAUUAAAUGGAUCAGUCAUCUUGGAUAUGGAAGCCAGUUCAUUGGAACAAGUGGCGGAUAAUGUUUUAGAUAAUAUGGUAGCCGAUGGAGCCCUGGGUUACGACAGCAGGGAAAAAGUCAAAGAUGCCUUAUUGAGGAGACAUAGACAUCAACACGAAAGACGAAACCAUAACAACAUGUCCAGACUUCCACUAAUACGUUCACUUGCUGAUAUUGGGAGAAACCAUUCUUCUUGCAAAAUCGAGGAAGGAGGAUCAACAAGUGGACAUUCCCAAAAAGGAGAUUUCAAUCGUUUCCUAGGCAUCCCUAAUGCGGGUGCUGGAAAUGAUGAUGGAAUGGUAAAAAGCCCAAGUAGUGUCUCAAUGCACCGAAAUCACAGUUCGGGGGAACUCCAUAUGAACGGAGACAUAAAUCACAAAAGCAAUGUACACUUUAUGAGAAAAAUACCGCCAGGCGCAGAAGCUUCUAACAUUCUGGUGGGAGAAGUAGAUUUUCUUGAAAAAACUCUAUCAGCAUUCGUCAGGCUUAAAAUGGGGACAAUAAUGGGUGACUUGACUGAAGUACCUGUGCCAACACGAUUUAUGUUUGUUCUACUCGGCCCGCCUAAUAGCAAUUCAAGUUUUCAUGAAAUAGGACGAGCAAUGGCCACACUUAUGUCAGAUGAAAUAUUUCAUGAAGUAGCAUAUAGGGCGAAGAAAAGGGAUCAUUUAUUAGCUGGCAUAGAUGAAUUUCUUGACGCCGUAACUGUUUUACCUCCCGGAGAAUGGGACCCAGCUAUACGUAUAGAGCCACCCGCAGCAAUACCAUCGCAAGACCCUCGAAAGAGACCAAACGAUAAUAAUUCAAAAGAAGAACCGGACGAAGAAGAAGAAGAACAAAAGCAAAGAGAAGAAUCAGGCUUAGCAAGAAGUGGAAGAUUAUUUGGUGGAUUGAUAAAUGAUUUGAAACGCAAGAAACCUUGGUACUGGUCCGAUUUUAAAGACGCAUUAGCGAUUCAAUGUGUUGCCUCUUGGAUUUUUCUUUAUUUUGCCUGUUUAUCUCCCAUUAUUACUUUUGGGGGUCUUUUAGGUGAAGCCACAGGCAAGAAUAUGGCUGCCAUGGAAUCAUUAAUAUCAGGAUUCGUAUGUGGUAUGGGCUACGGCUUCUUUUCAGGGCAACCAUUAACGAUAUUAGGAUCGACUGGGCCUGUGUUAGUCUUUGAAACAAUCGUCUUCGAAUUCUGCAAGCAGAUUGGAUGGGAUUACAUGUCUUUCAGAUUUUGUAUAGGAACUUGGAUAACUAUUAUCCUUGUGACUUUAGUUGCAAUUGAUGCCAGUGCAUUUGUUUGCUAUAUAACAAGAUUUACUGAAGAAAAUUUUGCGACAUUAAUAGCAUUUAUAUUUAUUUACAAGGCAGUUGAAAAUGUAAUUUCCAUCGGAAAGAAAUAUCCUCUCAAGACUCGCCCUGAUGAAGUUCUCAAUUAUGAAUGUUUUUGUUUACCAAGCAAUUACUCCAAAGUGCCCGAACAGUUUAAUUGGACAUCACUUGAUAAAGAAUCUUGCCAGCUCUUUAAUGGGACACUGGCUGGCGGUGGAUGUGAGACUACAGUUUACGUGCCAGACGUUUUUCUCAUGUCGAUAAUUUUAUUUUUAGGCACUUUUAUUAUAUCAGUAAUUUUGAAAGACUUCAAAAAUUCGCUCUUUUUUCCAUCAAAGGUCCGUCAAGUCAUAAGUGAUUUUUCUGUAAUCAUUGCUAUUCUAUCAAUGUCUUUCCUAGAUUAUAAAGUAGGAGUAAAAACGCCAAAACUUGAAGUACCGUCAGAGUUUAAACCUACACUUCCAACAAGGGAAUGGGUUAUAACUCCAUUCAAUGGAAAUCCAUUUUGGUCUGCACUACUUGCCAUAUUGCCAGCAUUAUUAGGAACCAUUCUAAUAUUUAUGGAUCAACAAAUAACAGCAGUCAUAGUAAACCGAAAAGAAAAUAAAUUAAAAAAAGGAUGUGGAUAUCAUUUAGAUUUAUUUGUUUUGGCCAUAUUAAUACAAAUCUGCUCCGUCAUGGGACUGCCAUGGUUCGUGGCAGCGACAGUAUUGAGUAUAAACCACGUUAACUCGUUGAAAGUCGAAUCAGAAUGUGCUGCACCAGGUGAGAAGCCCCAGUUUCUGGGAGUAAGAGAGCAGAGAAUGACCCACAUCCUGAUAUUUAUAACAAUAGGAUGUUCGGUGGUAUUAACUCCCGUUUUAAGAAAUAUACCAAUGCCUGUAUUGUUUGGAGUUUUCUUGUACAUGGGAGUUGCAUCUUUGAAAGGACUUCAGUUCUUUGAUAGAAUCUUGAUAAUGUUUAUGCCGCAAAAGUAUCAACCGGACCAUAUGUUCUUAAGACAGGUACCUAUACGUCGCGUCCAUCUUUUUACUGCUAUCCAGUUGACAUGUCUAGUCUGCCUUUGGGUCAUAAAGUCGUUUUCUUCGACAUCCAUCCUGUUCCCCUUAAUGUUGGUAGUGAUGAUUGGAAUUAGGAAAUCACUGGACUUGUUAUUCACAAGGAGAGAGUUAAAAAUACUAGACGAUGUAAUGCCAGAAAUGACGAAACGCAACCAGGACGAAUUAAGGGAGCUGAGAGACGCUGAGGUAUCGAACAAGAACAAUCCACCGCCAUACGAAGAGGAGAAUCUACAAAUACCUCUCAUAAAUGGCAAUAUUAUGAACAUUCCCUUGACAUCAAUCAAUAUAUCGGAGGAGGUAAAUAAAACCGGAAUAUGGAAACAGGUUAAUAAUAGUAACAAGAACAAAACAAAUAAUGAUUCCAAGGAAUUCAAAUCUAAAGGUGGCAAAAAGAAUAUCAAACACAAGAAGCUGAUAUCGAAAACCGCACAAUCAGAGAUUGAGAGACGGCUCUCGACCAUGGAGGAAGCUGAGGAGGAAGAUUCAAUGAAGAGCGAAAUUCUCAGACGUAAGGACUCUUGGAGUGGAGGCUUAAAAAAGAGUGAGUCUAGAAAAAUCAACACUUCUGCCGAAACUUCGGUGUAAACAUGAUUCGAUAUUGUUAUCCCUUUCUGUUUAAAUGGACUGGAAGAGAUAGGAAUCAAACUUUUAAGUUUUGUUAAGUGACAUUCUGAAGGAAAGAGAUAAUUGAAAAAUUAUGUCAGUGUACCUAAGUACGCGCGUAAGAUAAUAAAAUAUUAGCGACAUCUGUAGAAAAUAAAUAAAAAAUAAAAAGUAACAGAUAAUAUCUUACAUCGAUACCGGAGUUUUGGAACCAAUCGUAUUUUAUACACAUCUUCUGAUAUUUUUUUCUAAAGUGCCAAAAUAUAUUUACAAAAUAAUGUUGGUUGAAAGGAAUAGCACGAUCAAUGGCAUAGCACAGCAAAUGAUUCCCAAUUUGAGGGGACAAAACAUAAAAAUCGUGGUCAGAAUGGAUCGUAAUCUAAGUAAUGGUCGUCGUCAGUCCGGGAAAAAUUAUAUUUUCAUUGUAAUGAGAAAAGAGAGUAAAAUGAAAAUGUAUAUAGUGCUGAGUAAAUACAAAAUUAAUGAUAAUGAAUGAAGCAGAGAUGCUUAAAGGGAAUCGAUUAGCUUUAUAUAGAAACGAUAUGAAAGGAGAGAAAUGAUAUGAAUGCUGAGGGAUGAAGAGGUUAAGCAAGACAAGAGGGGUGAGAAUCAAUAAGAAAGCAGUUGUAUAGGUCUAGGUGAUAUGGUGACGUUUGAUGAUGAAAAAUUAAAGGAAUGCAUACCAACUGCACCGGUCCUAAAUCAAUGAUUAGUUAUUCGAAGAUCUGUAUUUUUUUUACCUAAAGAAACACCUAAGGAAGAGUUCAACUAUAAAAGAAAUAUUGGUAUUUUAUAUGAAACUGUUAUAUUUCAUAGACAAUCAUUAAAACAUCAGAUAACGAUUUUUUAAUCAUAUUUUUACCACAAUGUUUAAAGUUGAUUGAGUAUUAUUUUAUCCCGGUGUGAUAUUGAAAGUACAGUGUAUUAUCAUUGUUUGUAUACCCGUUUCUAGUUAAGAAAGUAGUAGCUACAACCCCUGUGCGAAAUACCCCUUUAGAUGCAACGCAGAAGCCCAAUUAUUCAUAUUCAAAUAAUUAGAUAUUAUAUAGUUUUCGUUACGAUUCAAAUAGGAUCAAUCAUUUUUUGUUCCUUUAUAAUCUUUAUCUCUUACAUUAUACUCUUCAAAUGUACUUCGAUCUUUGAAGUAACUUAUAUAAAAAACUCAUGAAUUAAUAAUGUCGCACAAAAUUUAUAAAUGUGUUUAAUAAGCUGCUUGUAUAUAAAUGUAGUGGUUACUGUAAAUAAGUAGAUAAAUAGGUUUCAUAAUCACCAUAGAUUAAUGUGCCCAGUACAUACACAUUUUUGAAUUGGGGCGUCUACGCAGCAAUCAUUAUAUAACAUUACAAAAAUCUGACUACUGGAUUAUAAUCAGCUAUUGUAGUCUACAAUAUAUUCACGCUUUAUGUAUUCUUACCCACUUGUUACCAUGUGAAUUUUAUUCUCAACACAAAAUUGGUCAAUUAUUUUCCUCAUAGUGGUCAUAGUAGGAAUGAAUUUAUGCACUAUCACUUUAAGGCGAUAAUCCCUUGCCCUGUAACUUGAUAUAAGUAUAUACUUAGUUACCUCCUGUUACAGAGAUAUAGUUCAAGCAAUUAUCGCCUUGCAAAUGUGGCAAAAUUUCUCCAGCUGUUGGUAUAUUAGAGACCUCAGACCAUAAACAAACUUUAUCAAUUAAAAUAGCAGGCUUUUAGAUGUAUUUAAAACUCCUCUAAAUCUUUUUGACUAUUAAGAAUAAUAGGGACGACAGAAUUCGGAACAAUUAUUUUUUCACUAAUUGGUGACCAUCGAAAUAAGUAACGCCGACAAAAUAGUACAUAACAUAUGUAUGGACAACACUACCGCUUAGUGUUGCCAGGUUCGAUUAUUAAAAUCGGGAGACGUUAUAGAAAAAAGGAGUAAAUGUAUGGAAAGAGCUACAAGAAAAAACAGUAGAUGCAGAGGCGUACUUAAAAUUUGUAUGUAUUCUGUGGCUUCUGCCGCCCCUCAAAGCUCGUUUUUUUUACCAUUUAAGUAAAUAAAAAUAAAUAUAUAUAAUACCUACAUUCUUAAUUGCGGAAAACGGAACUCAACAUGCAAUUGAAAAAAGAAAUUCGUAUUCUAAUAAAAACAGAAGAUUCAUGUAGAAAAAUAGAAGAACAGGAGUAAUUUCAGAAAACCAGGAGAUCUCCUGUAAAAUUGGGAGACCUGGCAACACUACUUCCGCUCAACAUUAGGUGGGGUGGAGCCAAUUGGUUACGUAUGUGUGUGUUAAAAAUGCAUAAGUACAUACCGCUAAGUGAUUGGGAAGAAUGUACUUAUUGUACUGCCAUGUCAAUUUACCAUAAAAUUUCAACUUUUGAAAAGUUUUUAAUGGUUAAAAUCCAUGAAAUCGAAUUUUGACAGAUUUUUAUAGAUUAGAGGCUUUCUACGAGUGUAUUAUUUUAUCGGUGUUACUUAUCAAUAUGGACUGGACCUAGUCUCAACUCCUAUAUGAAGUAAAACGAAGUGCCAAAAUAAAACACCAUUAGCGAUUAGAUUAUACAAUUCGAUUACGACAUUAGCAUAAUAGAAACUACUAGAAUUUUUAAUUUGACCUCUGAUUAAUUGAUAUCAGCUACCUACUUAAGUUUUUUAACGUAAGAAUGAAAUUUGUUUGUUAAAUAUGCAAAAUUACUAUAAUUUUUUAGUAUGUCAAUAACAUAAUCCGUCAUUUUUCUUGUAAAAAUAUUAUCAGUUUGUGGUAAGAUGAUCAAAAUAAUGUUAAGAACUGUAGUACCUCUAGCAUGAACCAAUAUCGAAUUCAAAUAGUUUGCGAGUGCGAAAUGUCAUUGUCGAAUGUGCAUUGAUUUUUAGUUCUCAUUACGUCCGUUGUUCAGUUUCAAUAUAAAAUUUGACAUUGACAUUUCGCACUUGCAAAUAAUUCGAAUUCGAUAUUGGUUCGUGCUAGAGGUACUGGAGUGACAAAAGAUUAUGAUAAAAUCAGUUGAGUAUUUUGGAAAGCGCAAUGUAGGUAGUAUGAAAAGUAAAUUGCUAUCUAUUAUCUAUAGACUAAUGUUUAAAUAUUUAGGCGUCUUAAAUUGAGUUUAUACAUUAUAUGUACUUAUAUUAUUUAUGUACAGUCAGCCAGAGAUCAAGUUACCACAGUUACCAGUGGUAUAUCAAGGAUGACAACGCUCAAAAUCAGUUGCAAAUUGGGUAACUUGACGUGACUGUGGCUAUCUGUGCAUUUAAGUAAAUGUAGCAUUUCUUCAACGUAUGUCAAGUUUAACCAAUCAGUAAUACAAUAUAAGCUUAACUUAAUAUAACAGAGCAUAACGUUUGCAGUAUUUUUCAUACUUUAAUGGAAAUAACUUGAGGCUAUUCUAUAGUCCCUAGCCAAUAUUUCGCACUUUGUUUUUUUUUAUUGUAAUACGUUGAUUGUGGACAUUCAGCCUAACAAUAAUAGUAGUUUUAGUAGGAGCAUAGAUAAAUUAUAGAAUAAGCGUAUAGUUAUAAUGUAUAAUGUUAAGGAAAACAAUUAAUAUGAUUGUACCUGCGAGGAUAUUUGUUACGGAUUUGUAUUGUUUUUGGAUAUAUUUGUGGAGUGUUGAGAGAAUAAAUCAUUUUUUUAUAAAUGUGC